CAGAGAUGCUGUGUUCAACCACUUUAUCAGCCGAGUUCGUAACAACCUUCAUGUCGUACUGUGUAUGAGUCCUGUGGGGGAUGCUUUCCGUACUCGCUGUCGUAUGUUUCCCUCACUUGUCAAUUGCUGUACCAUUGACUGGUUCACUGAGUGGCCAAGGUAAGUUUAGAUCAUUAUACGUUUCUGGAAAACUGCCCACCUACCCCUCCCCUAAGCCAACAUUAACACUUACUUCUCACUUAGGGCAAAAUGUUGACUUAGGAGAGGUGUAGGUAGGCAGUUUACCAGAAACGUAAGUUUUCAAAAGUCGCUACACCUCUUACUGGGCCACGCAACAAUUUAGCCAAUCAAAAAGCGCGAAUGUUUUUGAUGGGCGAAUGUUCCAUAUUUCUGAAACCGCAUUCCUUUUUACUCGAAUCCGCCUUCUGUCAACGCGAAACCAGUGAAUCCGGUCACUGUAACCGUAUCGUUUUUAAAUUGCUCUCCAAAGCGGUUAAGGCUUAUCCUAUCCACAUGAAUCAAGAUAAAAAAAUAUAUAUGCGGUUUCAAAAUGUCCGUAUUCGUGUGGACAUGGCCUGAGUGGCCAAUGUGAGUUUUACAAGGCUAACGCUUCACCAUAACAACGCUAUAAAUUAGCCAAUCAAAAUGCGCGAUUUUGGGGGGGGGGCGGGGGGGGCAGCCCUCUUACAAGGCCAAGCAAGAUCACGUGCUAAACAGGGAUGCGAACUGAAUUUGAACAGUUUCUAGAAGUUUGCAUAACUUCUCGACAAUAUGGCUUGUCGUCGAAAGAGAGAAAACUGUCUGUAAUAAGCGAGUGUCUACUGUAUUUUUUCCACCUUUGAUAAAAGGAAAACUUGUCAACGAAAGCCUGAUCGUGAACUGCUAGUCGAAAUGAGGCUUAUUAAUAAGUGACUUUUGUAGUCUCCUGUUCAGGUUCUCCUAAUAAGAUAGAUGUUGAAAAAAUGCGAUCCUUUUCUUCCAGAGAAGCGCUUCUUUCGGUAUCGCAGAACUUUUUUGAGGAAGUGGAUUUGGGUGCUGGUGAUGUUAAGGUACGUACAUUGUAUUUUAAACUAACGGCUUAACCCUUCAAUUCCCAUAGAGUAACCAACAUCAAUCUUCUCCUAACUAUAUUAAUACCUUAUCAAGGGAAAAAUUUAUGAGAAUAAAUAAAAUGAUCAUCAAAGAAAAAAUGCUGACUUAUUCAUAAGGAAAUACACAGAAAUCAGUCAGCGUCAGCAGCAAAAGCGCUAAUUCACCAUUUUCGCCGAGACCAUAAUGCACCUUGUUAGGUUAGUGGUUUGCAGUUUCCCAUGAAAAACCUGAUGCUAAAGGUCUCUAAUGACUAAGGCGCGUUUGUUUGACCAAAAUAAGAAGAAAUUGAAUGCGCCCUACAAAUCACCUGUUUAGGCAAAUCGUCGGAUUGUAACCUCUCCAAAUGUAGUUCAAAUACAGUAUUAUUAUGCAUGCAGCUUUUAAGUGGUCCAAGAUACCUGGUAAAAGGAGAUUUUUAACACCAUUUCUGUACAUUCCUAUUCCGGAAGAGCGUCAAUCGAGCACGCAAUUAAGGUGGAUUUCCACUGUCACGUAAUUUUUUUCGGUGCGUACGCACAUAAAUUUUACGCGCGUAAAGUAGAGGCAAUGUAUGAAGGUCGCGCGUAUACUAACGUAAAAGUUGAACCUCGCUCAACUCUCAGUUGACUGUAUUGUUAAGGCUAAAAAGUCGUGGUGUAUUCUUUGCAGGACAGAGUGGCUGAGAUGUGUGUGGAGAUCCACACAAGUGUUAGUUCCAUGGCCGAGAGAUUUUACGCUGAGUUGCGACGACGAUAUUACACGACUCCCACCAGUUACCUGGAGCUUAUUAACCUGUACUUGGGCAUGUUGGACGAAAAGAGAAGGUAAUUUACUACUCUGCUUAGGACCUAUCGGCACUAGCAGACUAAUUUGGAAUUGUCUUUGAAAAAUCCAAACCAAAAAUUGUGUGGUAACAAUUUUUAUUUUGAAAAAUGUAUCCGUACUGGAAACUAUAGAGCGUUUUCACUCACGUGGCUAGCAUCUAUGCUAAUUUACUGGAACAAAAGAAAUCAUUUACGUGAGAAAAGAGUUCAACUCCUGGAUGAUUUUCUUGGUACACCAACAUAGCCGCCGUUUCAUGGUUUUGGAGCACCAAUAUGGCCGCCGUGACGUCAUAUGAGGACGCUCUAUUAACUCUUAUUAGGUUGUUACAUGUCACAAUACUUGCAUUUGUUGAUGGAACGAAUAAUGGCUUGACAACAAAUGAUUGAAAAGAAAAACACAUUUACUUUUAUUUAGUGGAUUUUGUCCAGUCGUUUUAGCCUGUUCCAGGCUCACAGAUAGUAUGGAUGACGCUUAAGUGUAAGGCGCUCGAAAAUAUAAGCGCGUGAUUUUGGAAAAGGUGGCGGUGGCGGUGGCGGUGGCGAUGGCGGUGGCGAUGGCGGUGGCGGUGGCGGUGGCGGUGGCGGUGGCGGUGGCGGUGGCGGUGGCGGUGGCGGUGGCGGUGGCGGUGGCGGUGGCGGUGGCGGUGGCGGUGGCCAUUUUAUUUUCGUGUUCGCGCUUUCUCAGGAUCCGAUUAUCUCGGAUCCUGGAACAAGCUAGUCCAGUUUUUACCUGGGACAAAUUUUGUUCGCGGUGCCUUUAAAGAUUGUCCCGUCUCGGACAAGAUUUGUAAAAUCGCGACAAACCAACUGUAUUUGUUAAGCGUUGGUGAUGACAGAAAAUUUGCCUAAAUAUACAGCUUUUUCGCUAGUGCGGGUCAGCCCUUAUGAAGCAAGAGGAAGGCAAAAUUCGUUUGAAAGAAAUGCUUUUUUGUUUUGGGCGUAAAAAUUUUUAUUGUUUAACAAGAGUUUUUGGCCACCCACAGUGCCUGUAGUUUUUAAGUACUUUAUUUAAAAAAAAGGAGCACUAAACACUCACUAUAAUGUCAAUUACUAAUUUUCCAGGCAGCUGAUUGGCGCGCGGGACCGAGUGAAAAACGGCUUGAAGAAGCUUCUCGAAACUAAUGAUCUUGUGGAUAACAUGCAAGUUGAGCUAGUAGCACUGGAACCUCAACUGAAGCAAAAGUCGCUUGAUGUAGAAAAGCUCAUGGAUAAACUUCAGACAGAUCAGGAGGAAGCUGAUAAGGUGUGUGACUUGGAGAAUUAUUUAUUGACACUAGUACUACUCUCCAGGGUUCGCACCCACCAUGAAAGUCCUUAAAAGUCCUUGAAAAUUGCAGUCGGUGCUGGAAAGUCGUUGAAUUUCAAUGCUUACUUUAUAGUUUAAGUAGAACAUCCAAAGAAAAAGGAGAAAACACAGAAAGACCUUCGGGAUGAAAUUACUCAUGUUGUGGAAGAACUAAAAAGGAUAUGGACUCAAGGCUCUAUUUUGCGCUAAAUGGAGUCCUUAAAAAACAGGAAAUGUGUUCUUGAAAGUCCUUGAAAAGUCCUCGAGUUUUUUGUUCAAAAAAAGAUACGAACGCUGACUCUCGAAAGAAAAAAAAGAUAGCUCCCGCAAUCGACCAGCAAAUCUUCAGUGGCCUUGUGUUCGUCGUCGCUUAAAUCAUCGGACCCCACUUGCCCACAACGACGGUAAAAUGUCAGCACAAACUGUCGAAACAUAACUCUUGAUAACAGCUUCCCGCACACCUCACAGCUAUUGCCUUUAUUUAUAGUCGUUUUCAUCCGUGUAAUUAUGUUGUAGGUCCGUAAAGUUGUGUCAGCGGAAGAGGAAGUUGCCAAGGGAAAGGCAGAUGAGACCCAGGCUAUCGCAGCCGAAGCACAGAAAGACUUGGACGAGGCUUUACCCGCACUAGAUGCCGCUCAAAAGGUGAGAGAGGGAAAAAAUGCAAGAAAACGUUUGUGACGAUACUCUCUCAAACUCAUUAAUAAUUCAUUAAGAAAAUACAAAGGAAAUUAAUGUUUAAUGAGUGUUUGGAAAUCGGAUGAAACACUGCUUAGUAUUUGCAUCCUUAAUUUCUCCUUCAAAAAUGAUUUUGUUUGAGAAGAAAUAUCAAACAUUCGACACUGUGUUUCAUCACCAGAUGAAACACCUCGAAGUUCGUCAAAAAUACUCCGCUGCGCGUCGUAUUUUCAACUCUCUUCUCGGUGUUUCAUCUGGUGAUGAAACACUGCAUCUCAUGUUUGAUAUAUUACAUGCAAGCUUUAUAACUCCCCGCCUGUUUCUUUGUUUUACGCUCAGUUUAACAUUCUUGGUAUUUAACCCUUGUAUAGAAACCUCCUAUCAAACAAAAUCGGGGACAACGAAUGUGAGCGAACGAACGCUGAGGCUUUCCCCAGGGAAUUCUGUGAUUCAUUCACCAGUCACAACACUGAAAGCUUCUUACGUAACGGCAUUAACAUAGCAGCCAAUCAGAGGCUUUCCUUUCAUUCUAGAGAAACCAGAAGACGAUUAACGGCGGCGUGACACAGACGUCUCUUUCCCCGAUUUUAUUUGAGAAGAGGGGGCGUCUGUACACAUGCUAUUGGUAUUCUUUCUUGGUGAAUUUUGAUCUUAUUAAAACUUUAUACACUUUAACUCCUACAGUACGCGUUUGAAACGUCGCGAUCAAUAAUCAAGCGACUAUCGUAACACAAACGAUAAACGAGCCCUCUUAUACACAUACAAUGAUAAAUAAAAUCUUUCGUGGCAUUUAUCCACUUUAAGGACAGACUUAAUUGUGGCUCGAAACAAGCGAUUCAAACUCAGAGGUGGUUUUCCGACUUUUCCACGAGCAUACUCACGUGUUACUUAUUUCUCUCGUCUCCAGGCCUUGGAUUCUUUGGACAAAUCGGACAUCUCAGAGUUACGUGUGUUCACCAAUCCCCCAGAGCUGGUCAUGACUGUUAUGGAGUCUAUUUGCAUUCUACUAAAUUCCAAGUAUGUUACGCAGUUUUUCCUUGAGGGUGGGGAGGGUAAGGAAUUCGUCUACACUUAACACUGUUUUACAGUACAGAGUAGGCUGGUAAGCAGUAAUAAGAGGUUAAAGGCUACGCCUCGAAGUACGAUGGAAAUUCGUUUCUCAUAGACUCUGUUAGGAUCGUUAAAACACCCGACGCGAUACCCACCACAACUGAGGGCGAAAAUCAGUUACAACUGCCUCUGUGUUAUUGCAUAGGUUUUUAUUUUGUACAUAUGUUUGUUUUGACACCAGACCUGACUGGGCAACAGCCAAAGGCAUUCUAGGAGAUGCUAAAUUUUUGUCCAAACUUAUGGAAUAUGAUAAGGUAGGUAUCAAAAGUACUGAAAGUGAAAGGAAUAAGUCUGUGUAAGUAAAGCUACUAAGCAGAACUUUCCUGUGGUACUGUUUAUUAUGUUGUACAAAGAUGUUCUAACUUUUGAGUCUGUGGAUGAAAUCCUAUGGUGUGGCCAUUCAAAUGAAAGCUACUGAGCAGUACUUUCCUGUGGUACUGUUUAUUAUGCUGUACAAAGAUGUUCGAACUUUUGAGUAUGUGGAUGAAAUCCUAUGGUAUGGCCAUUCAAAUGAAAGCUGCUGUGCGGUACCCACCUGUGGUACUGUUUAUUACGCUGUACAAGGUGCUUCUAACUUUUGAGUCUGUGGGUGAAAUCCUAAAGUGUGACCGUUCAAAUAAAAGCUACUGAGCAGCACUUUCUUGUGGUACCGUUUAUUAUGCUAAGCUACAGAAUUUUACAGUGUGAGUUAAUGUGAUAAAUAAGUAGUCUGCUAUUUGAGUUUAUUGUUGUAGAAUGCCACAUGCUAAAACGUCUAAACAUAAGGUCGAUGGAUGGAUUUUGACCACUUUCCUGAUGACCUUAUAUUUUAGGAUAACAUUCCUGACUCAAUGCUUAAAAAGCUGAAAAAAUACAUCGAAAACCCCAAGUUUACACCAGAAAACGUGGAGAAAGUUUCGAAGGUGAGUAAAGACAUCUAGCUACAGCCAUUUCCUAGUGAAAAAAAAUCACCGACCGUGUAGACUGCUACCUAGACUUCCCAAAAGUCCUUAAUUUUUUUCCCUUGUUGGUUAUGCCAUUUUAAAGGACUCGAGACUUCGUCGCUCGCUCGGUCGCUGCGCGACCUCGUGCUUUGAAGCUCGCUCAACACUUCUGGUGUUGGCCUAGAAUGCUUUUCCACGUGAUAAGCAUCUGCUUUUCCACGUGAUAAGCAUCCCUUUUAUAGUGCUCCAUUCUACCCAUACUGCACUUCAACUGCCCCAGUCCCCACUGCUCCCGUGCCGCAGAAAUAUUUCAUUUCCGGCUAAUUCGUAUCCACUCAAACGCCAGAAAUUCCGUUUUGUUUUUAUGAAUGUUUACCGAAACACUUGAGUGGAAAUGUUUGGGCCAUUAGCUCAAACCAGUUCUUUUCUCUGUGCCUCCGUCAUCGUUGAUAAACUAAAAAAGGUGAACUUUUCAUUUAACUGUAAUUCUGAAGCUCUGGAAACGUCAGGUAUUACCGGGCUCUUGAUUCCUCUAAGCAGUUUGUUUUUAUUAUUAGAGAGUUUUAGAUCCGAGUUUACCGCGAACCUCUAACCGCGGUUUGCGGCUACCCGUUUGCGGUUCGACGUUCAAACAUAAUUCGAUUUAGAUUGGCGGUGGAUUAAACAAGUGAAUUCUGGUUUAUUUUUCCAUUUAGAAAUAGAGGAAAAAUUAAUCAGUGAAAAUAAAAAAGAAAUUUACGGCAACACUGGGUUAUCUAGCAGCAAAGAGCUGUAAAUUCUUACAUUAGUUCUUCUUGCAAUUUUACGGCCGCCAUUUUGAAUCAGCAGCCAUGAAUGGCACUUGUUUUCAAGAUCCAAUAGGAUUUAUCAAAUUUAGCAUUUCGCCCGAAUUUGUGCCUCUGUUAAUGUAUAAAGACUUGCUCCACAAGAUUUUUGUAUCAUUACGUGAGAUGAAACAAGAAUUAUACGCUAAAAGCUUUCAGGUAAAUGACAUACGUGAAAACUCAGCUCCCCACGUUGAAAACGCACGUUGUAAACCUCAAACGUGACGCGAAAGACUUGUCACGUGACCUCCAGCGGUUAGAGGUUCGCGGUAAACUCGGAUCUAAAACUCUCUAUUGUGUGUAGAAAUACUUCACCACUUUUACCCCGAUUUGUGACUUGUACCGUUUUGUUCACAUCAAAAGAAUCACUGUCACCAUCUGCAUAUUCGCUUCUUUUGGUCCAAAACCUAAAGGUUUGGUGAUUAAUGAUUGGUUUCCUGUUUUCAGGCUUGUCGUUCCAUGGUUAUGUGGGUCAGAGCCAUGGACUUGUAUGCAAGAGUUUACCGCACAGUGGAGCCCAAGAAAAAGAGGUUUGUUCUACUGUAAAUAGAUUAAACCUCAAUGUUGUCGCCCGGCAACAAUAGCAGUGUAUUUUAUAAAAUAGUUUAAAUUUUCCCGUAUUUCUUCUCAGUUAUUAGCAGCCUGCGUAGCACACGGUUCCGUUUCCUUUUAGUGCAGCGAAAGAAGCGCGAAAGACGCGCGAGGGGCUAACCAUUUUUUGCUUGACGCCGGCCGUAUUCUGACAGAUCAAAGGCAACGACCUAUUCCGUAUUUUGUGUACAAUACCAAAGAGGAUACUUCACGCCGAAGAUUUAUAUAUUGAUUGCCACAGUGCAUUUUUGGUGUACUAAGUUCUUUUUAAAAGGAUGUUUUACAUCCAGGUAUUUCUAUAUCUUAGAGUGUUCUCCUUCUUAAUACAGUCACGUGACUCCUGUUGUGAGCCCGUGAGCCUUCUUGAUCAGCGGUAAUGGUUGCAGAGCAUUUUAUAGAUUCGAAGGGGCUGUGAAGAACAGCGUUUAGUGCAGAGAUGUUUUCGCUGGAAAUCCUGGGGAUUAUGGGUGCUUUUGUACUUUAUAAUUAGUAACUCGUAAAAAAUAAUCCCAUGUUCAUAUCACAUUUUCUUUAUUAGACUUGCUGCAGCACAAGUUGAACUGGAUGCUGUUAUGGCGACCCUCAAAGAAAAGCAAGACAGUCUGGCAGCUGUUGAGGAAAAGGUAUCUUUUGGAAUUUCGGUUAUUUAUUUUGACGGUUUGCAUAGCAAGUGCGGUAGAAGUCUUACGAAGAGUUCGCGAACAACGGGAAGACCAGCUCAAAAUGUAAAGGAACCCCUUUACAACAUAUAACGCCGUCAUUAGCCACAGCGACAAACCUCUUUGUUUUCCAAUGCAAAUUUUGGUCAGAAAAAUACUAUUUAGCAUAAGAACAACAUGAUUUACAUAAUAAAACAGGAAGGUUUGCGUCAAAGCAAGGUCAACCACAGCCUUGUUGCUCUUUUUGACUUCCAUUAUUUGGUGUUAUUAGAUUGCAGAGCUCCAAGCGGCGUACGACAAUAGCAUAGCGGAGAAGGAAACGUUAACCAAGAAUAUUGCCCAGACGGCGGCUCGGCUGAAGAGAGCGUCCAAACUAACUACAGCUCUUGGAGACGAACAAGGACGUUGGACUGAGAAUGUUGCAGUACGUUAAACGCAUUUGGCAAUACUGUUGUUGUUGUUUUUCCCAAGAUGUUUAUUCAUAUAUUUACUCAUUUAUUUGCAAAUUCUGGUUUCAGUUGGAAGAACAAUUUCCUAGAGUGCUCAACUUUAAUUUACAGGAGCAAUAACUUCUAGACUUAAGAGGUAGUUCAUCGCCUUAUAGAGCGUUUUCACAUGACGUCACGGCGGCCAUAUUGGUGUUCCAAAACAAUGGAACGGCGGCCAUAUUGGUGUACCAAGACAAUCCUGUGGGAGUUGAAUUCUUUUCUUAUGUAAAAACUUUCUUUUGUUCCAAUAAAUUAGCAUAGAUGCUGGCCACGCGAGUGAAAACGCUCUAUUGCGACAAUAUUGUUUCGUAUGGUCAGAAAUGACCACACUCAUCAGGUAAUUACAGCGAUGAACUACCUCUGAAGUCCAGAAUAAUGUUUCAUUUAUUUUCAUUUAUUUAUCUGUUUAUUAAUUCGUUCAUUUAUUCUCAUUUUUUCUAGGCGUUUGAGCUAGAGAUCGGUAAUGUGGUUGGAAAUGUGUUUGUGGCGGCAGCUUGUGUAGCGUACUUUGGUGCGUUUACGAGUCUAUACCGCAAUGAGCUUAUCUCAUCGUGGAUACAGCGCUGCAAAGAACUGGGGAUUCCUGUAUCGGAUGAAUUCAGUCUCAUCAAUGUCCUGGCUGAUCCUUUUGAGAUUCGACAGUGGAAUGCUGAUGGCCUACCCAGAGAUCCAGUAAGUAAUACUGAACUUGAGCAAAUCAAACAAAAAAAAGCGACUGUUAUCUGGGUCAAAACAAAGACUUUUUCAGCUUGUAUGUUUUGUUUUUUCCCAAUUCAGACCACGUGAUGUUUUUGUCUCAUCAUGAAUUAUGCAUACAUAUGAACGUGGAUAGGGCGGAGUUGAAUUCGGGGCCUCUGGAUUGCAGGUUCCUCUGCUCUCACCGCGCGGCCACGCUGUCUCCGUAGAGGAGGGAUGAAGGUCGUCUCCAAACGUUUUUGCAAAUCCUCUCCAUUAGUCGAUAGUUUAUCACGUCAUGACCCUGUAUAAAAGCAACAACUACCACCUUUCCAUUUUCACCCUCCUAUAACGGUGGAGGGCAUAUCCUUAACUGUACGCUUAUUUUUAUUCAUUCACCAUUUUCACAUAGACCAUAAUACACCUUGUCCCCCCCCCCCUUAGACUUUUUCAUAUCCAUUGUUUCCAAUUUCUCCUGGGUAUUACAAUCGUCCCAAGAGAAAUCGAAGACAAUGGUUAUGCAAGGUUUGGGAGGGUUAAUAUAGGUGCAUUAAAGGCCUAUGUGCAAAUGGUGAGUUUAUUUAUACCUGUAUUCACUUUUUUUUUCUCACUUUCUACUGACCCUUGGGUCGAACGCCACUGUUCUCUCGAGGAAGUGUUAUAGAGACUUCGGGGAAACGAACAACAACUUAUCUUGCAUAAUAAAUCACUGGGGUGUGUUUUACUAACUGCUUUACAUUUUGCACUUUGUAGGUGUCCAUUGAGAACGCUAUCUUGGUAACAAGAGGACGACGGUGGCCUCUGAUGAUUGACCCUCAAGAUCAGGUCAGUCACUCAGGGAAAAUAAAUGACAUAAUUAACAAUUAUUGGUUGAGGCUGGGUAUCAUCUGAAGAAUUAUGGAGAUCGAGGAAGUUUUGGAAACUUUCCAGUGGAACGACUCAGUUAGUCGAGUUCCAUUUACCUUCCAAAUGGAUUUUUCGGGAACUUUUUUUUUGUAAUUUAAAAACGAACACAUUCAACUCACUCUGAGAAGGACAACAUCGGGACCAGCGCUAUUUGUCCGUCUUAGAGAGAUGCCUGCUGUUGAGAGUGUCAAAGAAUACGAAACUAAACUCUGGUUAACUGCGUCUGCGAAACAGCACCGAAAUCCUUGUUCAAUGUCCACAACUGUGUACCCGGAUUUGAGUACGCGCCAUGAUUUGCCUGUUAAAAAUACCAUCGUUGAUUAGCCAAUCAGGUUGAAGGGAAAUUCGAAACGCUCUUUCAGUAAUUCGUUGAGUCCAUUUGGGGCCCAGAAAAAGAAUAUCAGCACUACAUCGCAGACGUUACUAACCGGGGUUAAAUUACGUCUAGGACGCAGGCUAUAGGUAUUUGUCUUGUAGAACUGUUCGUUCAGAAAGCGUUGACUUAAAUUUGCCCUAUAAUACUACGGUGCAUCAGUAGUAUAGGGCGCACCGGUGGAGGUAAAACAAUAGAAAUGAGGAGGAGGAGGAGGGAAAACAAUAAAAAAUGAGGAGGAGGAGAAGGAGGAGGAGUAGGAGGGAAUAAAAAAUUUGAGGAAGGAAAAUAAUAAAAUUGUGGAGGAGGAGGAAAAUAAAAAAUGAAAAGGAGAGGGGUAAGUAAAACAUUGCUUGCAGUGUAAAAAAGAGCUAGUUUGCCUUUACCCUCUUUAAUAUACACGAUUUGCCCGCCAAAAAUCAGUGAACCGGAACAAGGACAAUCACAGCAGCAGGAAAUAGGAAGUGCAUAAUUACGUUACGUCUCAGUGAUUUUAAGUCACCAGUAUACUUAAUUAAAUCCACCGAAUUUAUUCAUGAGAUGAGGACAAUAGCCUAUGACGUCAUCGGUGUUAAUGUAUUCCUGCUCACGCUAAUGAGAUUCCUGCUCAAAAAAGAGGCCUAACCGGUGCGCCCUAUACUACUUGCAUCCACGUACAUUACAUUUGCAUUGCCAUUUGCAUCUAUUUGAUCAUAAAACAGGCCAAUCGCUGGAUCCGAGCGAAAGAAGCUAAGAAUGGACUCAAAGUGAUCAAACUAACUGACCAGAAUUUCCUGCGCACGCUCGAGAACUGUAUUCGUAUUGGUAUGCCUGUGCUACUUGAAGAAGUUGGUGAGACAUUGGAUCCGGCUCUGGAACCGAUUCUACUGAAACAGACUUUUGUUCAGGUAGGUAGCAGUAACCGUUAGCAGCUUGUAAGGGUUAAUAUUUUUUCAACGAAAUGCUCAACUUAUAAUGAUUUUCAAACUUUGAUAAAUGUUUAUCUGCAUUGGUGAAGUCUAAAAAUUUGAAGUAAAUGUGUUACUACUAAUACGAUUUUCGGGUCCAAACCUUUUUCCUGUGUAAGAAAAACAGUUUUUCUUUUCACGAUGUCAAUGCAACACCAAUAUGCUUUAUUGAAAUAAACUAAAUUUGUAUCAUCUCGGUGGACCUUGUUUGACCUCUCAAGAUAUUUCUUUACAGCAGUUACUGCGUUAUCGUCAUCAUCAUCAUCAUCAUCAUCAUCAUCAUCGCCAUCGUCAUCAUCACCAUCAUCUCGUCAUCAUAACCAUCACCAUGGCCACCAUCAAUCAUCAUCAUCAUCAUCAUCAUCAUCAUCAUCAUCAUUAUCUUAUUAAGUCUGUUUAUGUCAUCCUUUGCAGGGGGGCCGUAUGUUGAUUCGUCUGGGUGAUAGUGAUAUUGACUACGACAAGAAUUUCAAGUAUGUUAUUUUUUUUAUCUGAUUACUUAACAAAUUACCCCCUAAAUUAAAGGGCUUAAGUGGCUUUAAUUUGACUAAUAAAUAAUUAAUGAGGCUACUAAUUUGCUCUGUUUGUAUAACCAAGCUCAAUCAGUAUUGGUUAGAUCCUUUCAAACAAAUUUAACAGUAAUGAAAAAUCCUCAAGUUUUGCUAAAUGCAGGCACGUGUGAAUGGUUAGAUAUCACUUUGGCCAUCAAUAAAGUUGUCACCGGAGGUGGUUAAAGUGCCAUUGAUUGAAUCAUCGUCGCGUUUACCAAGGUCUCUCGUGUCCUCUGAUUUUGUUUAUUUUUUCCUUCCCUGCCAGAUUCUACAUGACCACCAAACUUGCAAACCCUCACUAUCUGCCGGAGGUCUGCAUCAAGGUGACCAUCAUCAAUUUUACUGUCACCAAAUCAGGACUAGAGGACCAGCUACUAAGGUAGGGCGCGGUCAUCAGCGAGAAAUAUGUCCUUAUACAGUCAAACCUGUGUACAACAGUCACGCUUGGGAAAUGGCAAGGUGGCCGUAACGCGUUAUAGACGGGGUGACCGCUGUAUACAGGUCAACUUUGCAGAAAAUAUAAGGCAACUGAAAAUUUUGGGAAGUUGUCCAGUGACCGUAGUAUCCAGGGUGACCGCUAUAUACAGGGCCGUUAUAUACAGGCUUGACUGUAGUCGAUUUUGUCAUGUACUCGUCCAAGUGGAUUUAGCCCUUGCUAAGAUUAUGGGUAGACUUGCUCAUAAUACAAAACGAGUAACGAAAUCGCGAUAUCGAAAACGGGAAAAAGAAUACACUCCAAAUAGCAGAUGUCGUCUGUCGAGUUGUCUUGUUGCCAUCAAUGUUUUUAGACAAUAGUUCGCCGUGAAACGAGUAAAAUGUUCUGCCAUUACUCACUUCGCCAUUACUCUCUUCGAAAGCAACUCAAAUUCGUCCCCAGAUUUUCUCGGUUAACGGUUGAAUAAUAUGCAACUUUGCUGCACUUUUGACGUCAUCGGUUCAAUAUGGCAAAAUUCUUCCAAAUGUGGUCAAAAGUAGCUCGUUAUGAUGAAUUAUGCGUGUGAUUUUGGACAAUCAGAAACGGAGAAAUAUUUCGUAUGAAUAAUAAUUUGUUUUAUCUAUUUAGCGAUGUUGUUCGUCUCGAGAGGCCAGAUCUUGAAGAUCAGAGGAAUCAGUUGAUUGUGCGAAUCAACUCCGACAAGAACCAACUAAAAGCCAUCGAAGACAGGAUUCUGAAACUGCUAUUUCACUCAGAAGGAAACAUCUUGGAUGAUGAAGUGCUUAUCAACACUCUAAAUGAGUCAAAGGUAUGGAGGAAAUCGCGUCCCCCGAACCUCUUCAAAAAUGACAGCGAUAGGAAGCAGCUCCUCGCGUUUUAUUAUCCCGUAAAACAACAAACUCCACUACCCUGUCUUUUUGGAUAUAUUAAAGGGAAUAGUUAAAGAAUUUCCGUACAUUUAUCUCACAAAAUAAUUCAAAUUUUAUUUUUGUAAUUAAAAUGCUGGGAAAUGAAUAUUGCUAUCUAAAAAUUCUGCCCAAGAGGUAUCAUUUGAGUGGUAACACCAUACGAUUUCGUCGACAGGUUUAAAUGUUGGAGUGUCAAAUAAUCUUGCCGUAACGUAGCCUGGAAGUGACAGAGUUAAUUUGGAGUUGGGUUAGAGAAAGGGGAAUGGACUGGAAACGUAACCGAGUCUGGGGGGUGGGGGAUGUCGGAUUUGAAAUCCGAGUAUUUCGGGCUUGAUAUCCAGUCUGAUUACUAGCUGCAGUUGUUUCUCAGUUGUCACGCACUCAUUUCCUCCAUGAUGCCUGUAAAUAGCCGACUGGUAUGUUGCCUGCCUUUUUAGGAAUUUUUCUUUGAUUUGAUAUGACCCAACUUUUCGUUUGUUUUCUCUCCCCAGGUCACUUCCGGAGUAAUUAGCACUCGGCUGAAAGAGGCCGAGAUGACUGAGGAGAAGAUUACUCUAGCUCGUGAGAAGUACCGUCCUGUGGCCACCAGGGGCUCUGUUAUGUACUUUGUUGUUGCCAGCAUGGCUGAAGUGGAUUCCAUGUACCAAUACUCACUAAAAUACUUCAAACAGGUAAAGGAAAUCGUUUGGAUCAUUUUUAGGUUUCAGAGAAACUUCACACCUACCCCUCCCCUAAGCCAACAUUAUCACUUACUUCUCACUUAGGGGCUUGUUGGCUUAGGGGAGGGGUAGGUGGGCAGUUUCCCAAAAACCUAAAUUGAUCCAAUCCUUACACCCCUUCAGCCUGUUAUGACCACAUUGUCGAUAUAGCUCUAACUUUGAGUCUGUAAGAAAAAAGGAAGCGAUGUUUGUGCAAACGUGAAAGACUUGCCUUCAAAUCCGGAUGACCUGGGUUCGAAUCCCGGAUGUGACGCCAUAUGUGGCUUGAGUUCUUGUUUGUUUUUGUCCUUGCUGAGCAAGGUUCCAUUUUUCGGCUUCUCUGUGAAAUGAUCACUUCAAGUUCCAGUUCGAAAUGUAACGCUCGAACACAUGUUUACGAGUUCUCAAGAGCUCGAUAAGUUUGCUUAUGAAAUCUUAUCGUGUAACUAUUCAUCGUGGUCCCACCCCGGAUUUGGACGCAAAAAUUAAAACACUUUCCUCUGGUAUUUCUUCGUGUUGUGAAACACACUAACACUUUACAGUGUUUAAUGGUUUACUAUAUAUUUUUGUUUCAGUUGUUUAACACGUGUAUUGAGAACAGCGAGAAGACAGAUGAUUUGGACAGGAGACUUCAGAUCCUUCUUACCAAUUGUACCAAGUCUGUGUACACAAACGUGGCUCGGUGAGUGUUUUCAUUGGCAUGUCUAUACAUGAUCCGGUUACUCCUUACACUGGAGACUCUGGCUAAUGGCAAAGGUGCGUUGAAUAAACUGCGUAUCAAAUAAAAAAGAUCUGAGAUGCAUCUGUCUGGAGAAAUUUGGCUUUCCACUUGGCACUUGAAAAUGGGCCUAAGACAAGUUAGGCUUGAUUAACUUUAACUUUACUUCCAGUCAUCGCACAGAGUCAACUCAGUAUAGUUUUAUACGGGGAGGUUCCGCCCCGAGGUCCAACCCCUUACCCUUUUACAUACCACCUUUGGCAGAAAAGGUACCCCUUUCGUUUACCUUCUAUUGACUAAUAGCACUACUUUCACAUACCUAGUUUUGAACUUUGCAUCCCUUUUAACUGCUGUAAAUGCACUUUCUUUAAUAUAUGAAUAAACCUCAAACCAGAACGUUUUAUCGACUUUUUCACAGCCAUAAAAUGCAUCUGCAAGACCUUUUGGGCUUUUUUACAGACCAAAAUAACAAAAGUCCCUACUCCGCUUUCUUAUACUUCAACUAGCGAAGUCCUUACCUUUCCACACACCUGAAGCCUGAAAAGGGCACCCCUUUAGGGCAGACAGAGCCGCCCCGUAUAUGUCAUUAUAGGGAGUGCCUCCCGGGUUUUAUGGUUUACUUCUUAACCCGUUGGCCAUUCUGACUGAUCUUCCUCUGCUUCUGUUCAUUGUAUAUCAUCUUUUCUUUCUUUUUAGUGGAUUGUUUGAAAAGGACAAGUUAGUGUUUUCGUUCAUGUUAUGCGGUGAGAUCAUGCGACAACGAGGAGAUAUAUCUGACAAUGAAUGGAAUUUUUUCCUGAGAGGUAGCGGAAGCUUAGAUAAGGUGAGAAUUCUUCGUACCAGGGGUGCGAUACAUUACAGUUUCUACAUUAUGAAAAUUUAUCUGAAUUCUUCAAGUUUGUUGUUUAUGAACCGUGCUGAUUUUCUCCAUCCUAAAACAUCCUUAUAGUUUAAUACUCAACAUAUCGUGACGGUAGUUUUUGACUUGACUGUAGAGGCACAUAAAGAAUAAGCCCGCGAGCAAGCUCUCCGGGGCGCUCUGGCUGAGAGGCGGGAAAAGGAUGAAGAGCUUGAAAUUACGUCUCUGGAAUUUGAAUAUCUGCAUCGAAAAACGAUGCGGAAUGCUGAUUGACGGAGAUGACAUUAGUAAUGACGUCAUUACCUUUGGCUCGUGUUUUUCAAUGUUUGUUUACAUUUGCGCUCGUUUCUGCUUGGCGCUGAUUGGCGGAAAUCUGACAGCUCAGUCGACGGGGGACCACAGGGGAAUUGGAGGUGGAAUUUAAAUUCCAGAGGCGUGGUUGCAAGCUCUCCUUCCUUUUCCCGCCGCGCCGCCAGAACGCCCCGGAGAGCUUGCUCGCAGGCUAAAAAAAGAAUACAAGCUCUGUUGGAAACGUGCAAAACGGACGUAGGACGCAUAACAUAUGAAAAGAGAAAAAGAACAAUUCCUCUGAAAACGUCACAUAGCUUAAAUUUGGACAAUCAACAAAGUAAUUGAGUUGUUCUCGCCAAAAUUUAUGACACUCACUUUUUCGUUGUCUCUACAGGAACGUCCGGCGAAGCCCGACAUUCCCUGGUUAACUGAACACAUGUGGAAUACCUGCUGUGACUUGGAGGUUCGUUUGGUUUGUGAUCUUUCCACUCCCAGUUAUAGCCAAAGACAAAAUUCAAUAGUACUUCCAAUUUGGUUUGUAAAAUACUGAAAAGCAAGUGUAAUUUUUCCUUUGGUUGAGUGCAACGAAUGUGGAAAAGUAGCCUUCUUGGUUGGCGGAAUUUUUCUGCACGCAUGAUAGUUCUGGCCGCGAGGAGCGUGCUCAUCAUUCCUAUCCUCCGCGCGGCCCGACAGCUCUUCUGCUAAACCUUUGCGCGCGUUAACGAUCCCGUCGGCUACACAGGCUAGACCUCGGGUGCGCCAUCAGCUUGGCAUGGCUGCCAGUUGUGUGUGUGAAAUACCAUCAUGUGAAAGUACUGCUUUCUUGACACAUCUUAGGAUCUCUUCAACAGACUCAAUUGGUUGAUUGGUCACAAUUUAGGAUUACAUCCACAGACUCAAACGUGAGAUCUAACUACGCCUUACCUAAUUCGCUCCAGAGUGCACGGUGUUGAAACCCAACGUCUUCUAGUUUCAGUAGACUAUCAAUAAAAAGUUAAAAACAAAACGAAUUUCACUGUAUUCGGGUAUCUUUUUCACCAAGAAGUCAAACACUCAGUACGACAAAUCUUAACUCAUUUCUUUAAUUAUUUUUUUAAGUAUUAUUUCUUAUCCUUGUUUUUUCUUGAAGGACUCUAUACCAGCCUUCAGUGGUUUAAAGGAGGAAAUAGUCAGUAAGCCUGUUAUCGUCAAGAUAGGAUCGAUUGAGGUAAGUGGGUCAUAUUUUACUCUAGAGGGUUUCCUGCCUUAUCCUUUAACUUCUAUGAUUUUUUCGCAGCCAUUAAAAUGUUGUUUUCUUCACAUUUGUUGACACUAGCAGUAGGAGAUAAAAAUGUCGAUGUUGCAGGGCGUUAAAUAACAGGAAAAAAACUGCAAACAAUUUUGCAAACUUGCGAUGAAAAAGAAAACGGUAAAACACUGUUAUUGUUAUUAAUGAAUGGCAGGGAUAAGUGCCGAUUUUUGUGACCCCUGAAAAUGGUGGGAAAGCGAUGAUAUGAAAGACCCUGAAAAAUUGCGGGGAAAUGACGUUAUGAGGUAAUACGUAGUAUUUUUACAAUUCCAAACAUCCCAUUGCAAAUUGGCCGUUAUCUUUCCCAAUCUUAUUCUAAUGUAAAAUAAUAACUCGUUUACUAUGGCAGCCAUUCAGCUUUUAUUAAAGUUAACUGGACUUUUUUUUCAUUGUAGGUUUGUCCGAAUGCCGCGCUGCUGUCGGAAAGCAAAGAUGACGGUAGAACCACAGCAACAAGUGAAAGCACAGAAGCAACAGAGGAACCUGAGGAAGAAGAACAACAGCCCAGUUUAGGAGAGCGACUCACCAGCUUUCAGAGUUUGGUGUUGGUGAAAGCGUUUAGAGAGGAAAAGGUAAAAUAUUAGACAACAGUGACUUUACGAUCCGUCGACGCGAUGCGCGAUAGCAACGACUGAUUAGAUUGCAUUGAAUGCAUUUCAUUCAUUCUUAAUGGAAGUCCAAAGCAAUGCUGGCUAGAUACGCGCCACGCCGUGUGUAAUAUCUACCUAGGGAUUACAGGGUUGUCAUUGCGCUUUUCCCCGGCUUGUCGCCCCCGGCAAUUGGAAAACAGAAGAAAAAUAGAACCAAAAGAAAUCCCUAGCCGUUUGAUUACCCGCCUACUUGUUGUGUUUACCCGGCAACUUGAAAUCUUAGUGACAACCCUGGGAUUAGGAUUGCGUUCUCCUCUGGUCGUCUGCAAUUAACCUGACCUUGUCUCUUGCAGGUUGUGUUUGCAUCUGUGGAUUUUGUUUGUGAAAAUCUCGGCAAGACUUUUGUGGAGAGUCCCUCAAUUGACUUAAACAUCCUAUAUGCUGACGUGGGGCCCACCACUCCGUUGAUCUUCAUCCUUUCCACUGGAUCAGAUCCUAUGAACGCCUUCCUUAGGUUUGCCAGAGAAAUGAGUUACAGUGAAAGGUAAGGUGUUCUGUCUUUAUCAUUAUUAGUGAACUUACGCAACAGGACGGGAGAGGCAUGACGACGGCAAACCUUUUGUGACAAGCGUGAUGAUAAAUUGUUUGAAAUGCUCCUUAUUCACCAUUUUCAUCAAGGCCAAAAACCAACGACGAAAAAAACUAUUUUGCAUAAUUAUUUUCUUCGAUUUCUCUUGGGAUGACUGUAAUACCUAGUAGAAAUUGAAAACAAUGGUCAUGUAAAAUUUUGGGGUUAAAGAAGGUGCAUUAUGGUUUCGGUGGAAAUGGUGAAAAGAAAGUCACUAUAUGCACUUGGUAUCGUUCCACUGUAUAAAUACUAUUAUGUUAUUGUUUAAUACAUCGGGGUAAUUUCUGUAAUCUAUGAUAUCACUGCUUGGUGACAGCUGUUUGCUGUCCUCGCCAAUUAUCGCGAAGCUUAUUAACGUUUUCUCUUCCAGAGUGAAUCUGUGGAGGAGAUCCUUUCCUGUGACCAUUCAAAUGAAACCUCUUCAACCGUACCUUUAUAUCGUACUUUUUAUGCUUCAGCGUAUUGCAAAAUGAAAUUUAUAAUUUUGUCACAUUUUGACUGUAGCCAAUUCUGCCAGGGAGGAAGUUAAUUUUACUUCAAGCAUAAGUCUUCACAGUGAGGAGCCAACAAUUUUUUUUGAUUCUUUUCUAGGGUCCAGGCCAUCUCUUUAGGUCAAGGUCAGGGACCGGUGGCAGAGAAAAUGAUCGCAAAUGCGAUUAAAACGGGAGACUGGGUCUUCCUUCAGGUGAUUUGAUUGCAAAUGCGACGGCUAAAACUUCAUCGGGUUUAAUUCGUCAAAUGUUGGCGACUGGGUUGUUUCCUUCAGGUGAAGAAGAAAAUUUUUUGUGUUCCCGUCCUCGACAAAUCGUGAAAUUAGGCAUUUUUCGUUUUAGUCGUAACAAAUAAAAAAAGCGUGAUGAUUUGUUGUUUUGCCAAUCAAACCUAUCAUUUUUGACAUAAACAAUGCCGUCGCCGUCGUCGUCGCCGUCGUCGUUGCUUGAGGUCCUUAGUAUAUUAUAAUGAUUAAUCACGCAUUGGAGAUAAACAAUAAUGUGUAAAAAUCAUGGAUGCUAAAGGAUUCCAAAGAGAUUUACCCACGGUGUAAACCCGGAACCGUUAUAAAAUCAAAUGAAUACCUCUAUCCCCAAUCGAAAAUCACAGAAGGAUCCAAAAACCUAACUUGGUCUUGGAACAAAGUGCCAUAGCCGGAACUGACCGUGAGAAUACUCACGUGAUCAAAUCACGUGGUCUCGCUUAAUCUCUGAUUGGCUUUAAGAAAAAUGGACGCGAUAUUUUUUCACGCAAUCUUGUAGCUCAGGAAGGCAUGCCCUCUUUGUCUUAUAUACAUGUAUUUUCUCAGAACUGUCAUCUCGCCGCUUCCUGGAUGUUGGCUAUGGAAACCACGAUUAAGAACCUCUCAUCACCGGAAGCGGAAGUGCACGAGGACUUCCGUUUGUUUUUGAGCUCUAUGCCGACCAAGAGCUUUCCCGUGACUGUGUUACAGAACAGCGUUAAAGUCACGAAUGAACCGCCCAAGGGGCUUAGGGCUAAUGCAAAGAGAGCGUUUGGAGAACUCAGCACAGAUACCUUUGAGAACCACAGUAAGAUGAUGUUUUCUCAUUUACAAACCAUUUUUUGUUCAUCGCGUUAUACAUAAAUGAUAAUAAUAAUAAUAAUAAUAAUAAUAAUAUAAUGUUUAUCAUCAUGGAGUCCAAUUCACCAAUUCAUGGUUUGCAACAAUGUGACAGCGACCAUGUUGGUGGUCAAAACAAUAACAAUUAUUUCAAAGAAUUUACAUGAAAAUGGAGUUUAGAUCCCAGAGGAGAGAAAUGCUUUUUUCUUGGCCACCAACAUGGCCGCCGUGAGGUCACGUGCAAACCAGUACUAGGUACUCUUCAGUGGGGCAUUGUUGUUUUUCGUCCUGCAACACGUCAUCAGGUCAACACGCAACACCAAUUCAGAUAUCGCUCUUCUCCCUUCACAUUAUAUCCUAAUAGACCACGUCAUACUCUUCUUGUAUGUUUUUAUAUCAUCUUCUGUCGCCUGUCACGGAACACCUCAAAAGGUAACAAAAAAAGGCGUGACCAGCCAAUAACAUUAUUGGGUCGAUCCCUCGUGAUUACUGUUUAACAUUCCACUGAUGAGGGAAUGUAAUUGAUUCAUCCUCUCCAGUCCUGUAACAUUUGUCUUUUGUCUUUGCGUGACAGUUCUUGGCGUGACGUGGCGUAAGCUCGUGUUCGGUAUAUGCUUUUUCCAUGCCAUAAUCCAGGAGAGGAAGAAGUUUGGCCCUCUUGGCUGGAAUAUUAAGGUGAGAGUUGAGCGAACAAGCAACCGUGGACCUCUUCACAACGUUGGAACAAGGUCCUUAUGGGUGAAGAAAUCCCCUUAUAGAGUUGAGACCCACGUACAUCCUAGUACUUGAUGUAGCCUACGUCGCAGGCGUAGUCCAACCCGUGUUAGUGACGUCUGCGAAACAGCGCCGAUGACCUUGUUCUACCCCCAAAGGACUCGACGAAUUGCCGGAAAAACAUUUUUAAGAGGCCAAUCAUGGCGCGCACUCAAAUCCUGGUACACAGUGGGGCGGGGGGGUUGGAGCAGAACAAGGAUUUCGACGCUUGUUCGGUUAACAGACGGAAUUAACCAGAGGUUUAGUUUGGUCUGUGGCGCAGGCCAAAGAUGACAAGAUACUUGUUGAUGGGGAUAGAAAGGGACCCCUCUAAACCUGUUAGGAAAGCCGAACCUUGGUUACCAUGUUGAUUCCGAGGUUGGGUCACCGUAUUACACUAAUAGGAGUGAUCAUUAGUAAUUUUUUUUCUAAGUUGGGGGAUGCCCUUAUUGACAUAAAUAGAGAUUCGUAUUAACAGUUGUUUCACGCGAUGAGGGGAGUUUCCUGUAUAGAAUUGACAGAGAGAAUCGUUAGAGAAAGAUCUCAGAGUAUAAUUAUAGGCGAUAAUGUCUUUUGAUUCCCCCUGUUAAGGGGAAAGAGGGAAGAUCCCUGUAGUGGCACACAACCGAUAGAAAUAAUCGCUGGUUAACCCUUUAAACCCUAAUAUCAAAAUUGAGAUUAUCAUUUCCUGUCCCUAUACUUUUUCAAUAGAAACAGUAUAGAGAAUUUGUUGAAAUAUCAAUUAGACUUAUCUUCCCUGAUCAUGUACUCAAUUCUCAUGACCACUCUGUUUUACAAAGCGUUGAUAUUACAAGGAGAAAUUUAAUGCUAAUCACUCUAAGGGCUUAAAAGGUUAAAGGAGAAGGGAGCAAUUUUUAGAAUGGAUGUUUUAUUUGUUAUCAUCUGACAAUGUAUGUUCUUAACAUGAUUUUUCACAGUAUGAGUUCAACGACUCAGAUCGGGAAUCCGCACUCGACAAUUUAAAGAUGUUUCUUGCAGAAGGUCAGAUUCCCUGGGACGCUCUUACCUUUAUCACAGGCGAGGUAAUAAACACUUUAUUCAUUUAAUAAUUUUUCCAUAUAUUUGUUUGUUGGUUUGUUUAUUUAUUUGUUGUUUAGACCUCGCUUACACAGGUCCAACCAAACUUUUGAGCGAACAAAAACUUGCAGUGAUCCGCCUUUCUUUUACAUGGGACCCGCGGUACCAUGCAAGUUUUUGAACGGCAAACAGUAUUGCUAUCUGUAACAGAACUUGUACGAUGCCGUGUUAAACGGGUUGCUCGAGUAAAACAUACGUCCUUUCAAAAGUUUGUCCGCACUCGUGUAAACGGGUCUUACUCAUUUAUUGAAGAACAAUAUUGAUUUUAGAAGUCGGGGACCCAACAAAAAAGCAUGCUGUUGAUUUUCAAGAAAACUGAUAUCUGAUGUCUUUUAUUUACUUGCCAAUUCCUCGCUUUUGUUCCCAGAUCACGUAUGGAGGACGAGUCACCGAUGCUUGGGAUCAGCGUUGCUUAACCACAAUUCUCGGCAGGUUUUUCUCGCCUACUAUUCUGGAAGAUGACUACAAGUUUUCAAACUCAGGUGAAGAUUAAAUACGUUCACACAAAACAUGUUCAUCGCCUUCUAAUUUGAAAAAUCAGCGUGAGGUUCGUAUUGCGUUAUUAGGGAGCUGAAGCAACCACGACGAGGACGAAAACAACAUUGUCAAAAAAGAAUUGGUUUUACGAGCAAAACAACAGCUCUGCACGUGCAUCACGCUUUUCAGUACAUUUCUUUGACGUCCACUGCACGACUAUGAUGUGAAACCUGCUAAUGCAACAUUUUAUGGAGGACGUAAACAUACAACGACGAAUUUUCUUUCUUUUUAUGAACCUAGUCCUUAAGAAUACACCUCCAGGAAAAAUCGCCUAAUAUGAGCUGGUCCAAAUAGACGCGAUAGCUUUUGAAAGGAAAAAAAAUCACUUUUUUUAGCGACUUUUUUAUUGUUGUCGUCGUCGUCACCUUGUUUUUGAAGCUCUCUAUUAUCUGCACCAAUGGCUUUAUGUUAAUAGAAACCUCUUCACCUUCCCCAUUUCCUCACCACAGGAAAGUCACACGUCAGGAUUUCAUGCACAGACUAAAAAGGUGGAACCACCUUGUACAGCAUAGUAAUCAAUAUCACAGGAACGUAGUACUCAGUAGCUUUCAUUUGAAUGGUUACACUUUAGGAUUUCAUCCACAGACUCAAAAGUUAGAACCACCUUGUACAGCAUAAUAAACAGUACCACAGGAAAGUACUGCUCAGUAGCUUUCAUUUGAAUGGUUACACAUGAUUUUACCCACAGGUUUAAAAGUUAGAGAAGCAUCCUGUAAGUCAUUUGGUCAACUUUGACGUUAAUAGGUCAUGUAUGUUAUCUUCAGGUAUCUACUUUCCUCCUGGAUUUGACUCGCUACCGGAAUACAGAGAUUACAUUGAUAGUUUGCCGAUUGCUGACGAGCCAGAGAUAUUUGGAAUGCAUAAUAACGCUAAUAUCGCCUUCCAAGUAAGAACACUCUAAACUUAUGAAUAUUAAGCCACCUCUACACUAUCUCUUUCUCUCUUUUUUGCGUUUCGUUUUGUUUUGUUUUCGUCGUGUAAUUGCUCCGGGGAACAGACUUAGAAAAGGUAAACGUGGUAGGAGUAGUUUGUAUUCCUAAAAAGAGUAUGAGGAAAUUUGGUUUCAUCCUAUAUAAGGUUUACGCGAGAAGUAGUGCAGUGCUAAAAUAUAAUUUUUCGAUACCUAACUGUUUUGCUCUUCCCAUUUGUUAGAACUGGCCGGCCAAACCGGUCCAAUUUUAAAGAGAAUUCCACUAUUAAUCACCACUAACAAUUCAGAUCAGUCUAUUUAUAAAUGGUUCGGCCGGCAGUGGUGAGUUUUUAGUGGGAGAAUUUCAAGAAAAAACUGUUUUAUUUUCAAAAUGAAUGGUCUGGCCGGCCAUUUCUGACUUUUGGAAAGUGCUUCUUAGUGAACGUGCUAAACGUUUUUCUUAUUCUUAUUCCCUCAACGCGUUGGGAUACUUUGCUUUGUUGAUUUUGUGAUCAUUAUAUUUUUUUAUCUACAGACUCAAGAGACCAAUGCUCUGAUCACAGCAGUGUUGGAGGUACAGCCUCGAUUAGCCAGCGGAGGAAGCGGUAAAACCAGCGAUGAGAUUGUGUAUGAGCUUGCAGAAAGCAUACUCUCCAAACUGCCUGUCGCACUGGACAUGGAGAAAGCCGAUAAAGCUAUAUUUGAGGUAUGACUAACAGAAAACUCUGAGUUUAUCUUGAAGCCGCGGGCUUUAUAGCCUGCGUAGCUUGCCUAAUUUCGUUUUAUCGCAACGUGAACAUACGACAACGAAUCUCUGUGUAUACCUGGAACGAGAGCAAAAAAUCGCUUAAAAAAUGGGGUGACCGGGUUUAAGUUUCAUAGAUCGAAAGAAAUAUCACGGGGCGUAUACUAAACGUGCCACAAAUCCACUGCGUGAGCGCCGAAGGCGCGAUGGACGCUCCCGAAUCGAUCUAAAACCAGCAAUGAAGUCGCGACUGACCAACUAACCAGCAGAAAGCGGAAACGGGCUUUGAGAAAGUCUAGGCGUCUACCAGAAUUUGACUCCCUUUCCUCCUACCUCCUACUUUUUUUUGCUCUUGCUCCAAGUUUUCGCGCAAUAAGUCGAGCGGAAUCGCUUGUUACGCAGGUUACAGUCUUUUCAACCAUAGCAAUUUUUCUGAUUCUCAGAUGGUCCUUUGUCGUUCGCUGAAAUUCCGCUUUAGAACGAGUGACCUCCGACUUUCGUCUGAGAAGCAGGCUACAGAUAAUAUUAGCGUCUCUGUUUUAACAGAUUUCGUAUGGUACUAAUGACAUAACAGGUGCCAACUCUAUGAUACUCACCUUUUGGCUAAUAUUAUCGAGUUUCUGCAUGUCAGGAAAAAGGCAGAGAAAACGGGUUUCUCCGUCUCCAAAUAAAGUUUAUUCGGAGACGUAGAAAAUCGAUUUUCUAAUGCGGAAUGACGAAAGAAUUUUCACUGGAUUGAUUUUACGAAGUCUUGGAAACCUUUUUGGCUCAAUGUUUUUCGCCUUGUUUCCUUUAAUAUGAGGGUCGAGUCAUCAUUUUACUAGGCUGAUUUAGCGACAGGACGGGAACGUCAGUUGACGACGGGAAAGCGCGCGGAAAGGACUAAACACGACUUCCGGUGCUCAAUUUCCCGCUCUGCCAUUGGUCAAGCCAGUUGUUUAAUUUCGCGCUUUCGUCAACCGACGUUAACGUUCUGUUGCUAAGUCAGCCUGUUUACAUUGCGCAGCGGUUCUGUAUUGGUCGUGUUUCUUAUUUUCAUUGUCUUCUCCAGACUGAUGCUAAAGGACGUGUGAACUCGCUGACUACUGUACUGGGACAAGAGGUUGAUCGAUUUAACUCUCUCUUGAAAGUCAUCAAGGUAAGAUAAUGGCAGGAACAGAGCAAUGUAACAUAGAAAAACAAAGAAAAACCAAGGAGGUCGUCCACAUCAGACGUCAGCGUCAACCCUAAAUAGAGAUCGAAGUUAUGAACUUCCCGCCAUUUUUAAUCAAUUAUUGUCACGUGACUAAUUCACGGAACAGUUCAAGAGAUUUUUAUUCGAAAAAAAUGAACCUGCGAGGCUAUCCAUUUUUGCCCAAACUUUCCCGAUGACCGGCCAAAAUAGGCCAUUUCUGAGUUGCAAGAACUCUCACUUUAAAAAAAAGGCUUACUGCAAAACCUUUCCUGCGAAAAUGACUUUUAUUUGCUCAAAAAUAAACAAACGUUUUGUUAUCAACGGCUUACCUCUUAUUACCUCACUUUGACACAGAGCCUUAGGGCGAAUAAGAAAUGCGCUAUUGUCGAUAUCAGUAUUUUGCUUGAGGUAAAUAACCGCUGUAUCUACUUUUUCAGACGUCGUUACAACAGCUUCAGAAAGCUAUCAAGGGUCUGGUCGUAAUGUCACUGGAACUGGAUAAAGUUUACACUAACUUUUUGAACAAUCAGGUUGGUCUGUUUUCCUAAAAGCUUUUCUGGUCCAAAAUCUCCUUGACGACGGUACAUUUUCUAUCUUAUUUUAUCGAUCGCGGACUUGAGGAAAUUUUACGGUGGUUUUCUCCAUAUCAACGAGACCUUUUUUCUUUUCGCAGGUUCCAACAAUGUGGGCAAAUGCAGCGUAUCCUUCAUUGAAGCCGUUGGGAUCCUGGGUUAAGGAUUUGCUGCUCAGAUGCCUGUUCAUAGAUGUAAGUCAAAUGUUAUGGAGCUUUAGCAUCGGCGACCGCGACGGUAGCAAAAACGUCACUUUUAAAAUGAAUUCGUGUUUCUUGAAACUUUGUCGCGUUUAUUUCAAUUUCCUGAAAAUGUUUAAUAUAGGCGAAUUUCCCUGGAGUUGAUUUCUUGAGGACCGAACUCUCGUUUAGAAAGAGAAAGAACAUUUCGUCGUCGCUUGUUUGAGUCUUCCAUAAAACAUGAAAUUAGGGAUUUUCACGUCGUAGUCGUGCAGUGACGGCAAAGAAAUGUACAAAAAAGCACGUGCAGAGUUUUUGCAAACUACGAAGUCACCUCCCAACUGCAAAGAAUUCCUACGGACUAUGAAGCACUUAGUAACGAUCCAGUGUAAAAACGGCUCUUUUUGAAUAAUUUUACUCCGGUUUGAAGCCAUUUUGGGGUUCAAAGUAUAUUGCCAAAAAAAGGAAGGAGUUACAGAGUUUUGUGCAUAAUUAGCUUGUGUUGGGUUUAAGAGCUUUCAAAAUCCCAGACUGCAAUUCCCUUUAAUCUCGAACUAAGCUCAAUCGUGCUCAAUUUCGUGACGCCUUGUAGUUCUCAAUUUCGUGGAAUUUUUCGUGGUCAAUAUUUUGCCUUUUUCGUUUAUUGGGGGCUCUCAGAUCUGAUUUUUCCUUGUUGCAGUAGAUGGGCUUGGGCCGUUGAUUCUGUUUCCUAAAGAAAAUAACUCUUAAAUUAGUGUAACAGUUCAUUCAUGACCAAACACCAGUCCUUUCACUCUGAAAAAGGUAGGCUGAGAUGAUAGUUUUAACUCAUUCUUACCCACAGCAAUGGAUUCAAUACGGUGCGCCGAAGUCAUUUUGGAUUUCUGGUUUCUUCUAUCCUCAAGGUAACCAAUAUUUAGCAUUGUAUGAAACUUAUAUCUCAACCGAUGCGUGCUAUUCACCUUUCCAAAAAGCUAACGGACGCUACUUUUCUGUGCUGUUGUUAAUUAUGCUGUACAUGGUGGCUGCGAUUUUGCAAAAGAUGGUUCUAACUUUUAAGUCUGUGGAUGUAACAAGUGUGACCAUUCACAUGAAAUCUUCUGUGCAGUACGUUCCUGUGGUGCCGUUUAUUAUGCUGUACAUGGUGGUUCUAACUUUUGAAUAUGUGGAUAAAAUCUUAAAGUGUGACCAUUCAAAUGAAAGCUACUGAGCAGUUUAUUCCUGUGGUACUGUUUAUUACGCUGUACAAGGUUGUUUUAAUUUUCAGUAUAUGGUUCCCUGGUAUUUCCAUCGAAAUAAGCUAUUGAGCAGAUCACGAACUGUAACAUGCCGUAUAAUUUGAUUCGCUUUGACUAUGUAUGUUUCAUAUGGAUUCAAAAUCUUUUGUAAUCCCUCUAAUCGUUGAAUUGUUUGUUAUCGCUAGGUUUCUUGACCGGCACCCUCCAAAACCACGCCCGCAAGUACAAUCUACCUAUUGACCAGUUGUCUUUCCACUUCAACGUGUUACCCAUGUACCGCAACCAAGAGGAAGUGAGCGAAGCUCGAUCUAAACUCGACCCAGACCAAACCCUGCCGAUGGACGAGGAGUUAGAGUCGCCAGAUGACGGGGUCCUGGUACAUGGUCUGUUUAUAGAUGCAGCACGCUGGGAUGAUGAAAAAAUGAUGCUGGGAGAUGCGCUUGAUGGAGAGAUGAAUCCAGUAAGACCCGAUACUUUUCAGCGAUUUUUUAAAAUCCUUUUUUACCGCUAGAAAUACCCAUAAGCGUGUCGGAAUCAGAGAAUAGGCCAUUUUCGCGUAGUCUGCUACACAGCCGAUUUUAGUGUCGUCACGCAACGCUCCUCCCCACUGGAGGAGCGUUGCGUGACGACACUAAAAACGGCUGUGUAGCAGACUAAUUUUCGCGUUGAUGACAUUUGACUACAACUACCAGAAUUCAUUUCGUUUCUCCUUUCUUAUUUAAGUUGUCAAUCCUGUGUAAAAAUCAAUUGACCACUCCAGAAAAUACCAUAACAAACCAUAAUGCUCUUUGUUUUUUACCCUUAAAUUUUCAAUAAGCAUUGUCUUCAAUUUCUCUUGGGAGUUAAAAUGGCCCCGAGAGAUACUGAAAACACUACUUAUGCAAAAUUUUCGGGUGACAAACAAAGAGCAUUAUGGUAUGUUAUGGUAUUUUCUGGAGUGGUCAAUAGCCUUAAUCUGCACAAGAAAAAAAAAACAAACUGAAUGAUCCUUGUAGUUGUACUAAAAUGACGUCACCGUGCACUAGUCCUUGCAGUUCGUGUGCUUUGCUUAACCCGCUGCAAAAGCUACUGGCGAAUAUUUUUCGUGUCACUAGAACAACCAGAUUGCUUGAGUUGAAGGCAGUAAUGAAGGGCUAUGUAUCUUGUUUUCAAAACGCUGUUACUCCGACAAACUUAAAGGCGAGAGAAUAUAUAUAUAUAUUGCAUAAACCGUCAAAACACGACAAUUAGUGAUAGUAGUAGAGAUAACAUACUCGUGUAACAUUCUGAGUGAUGUCUUUAAAUCGACGUGUCUUCUUUAUUUAAGCCCUGUCCCAUUUUGCACAUGGAGCCCCGGAUGAACUACACCCCAGACCCUUCGCUGUACACGAGCCCGCUGUAUAAAACGUCCGCCCGCGCUGGUGUGCUGUCCACAACAGGUAAAGACGUCUUUGAUCAUCGUCUGAUUUAAUAUUUUAACUUGUCACUUUAUUAUUAUCAUCAACAUCAUCAUCGUUGUCGUCAUUGUCAUCAUCUUCAUCAUCGACAUCAUUAUCAUCGUCAUCAGUACCAUAGUUGUCAUUAUUAUUAUUAUUGUAAGUUUAUUAUCAUCAUCAUCGUCGUCGUUACACCGCCAUCGCCAUAGACAUCAUCACUAUCACCAUCAUCACCAUUAUCGUUGUCAUUAUCAUAUCAGCGGGCCAUUUCCGAGUUCCCCCGGGCCUCUGUUUCAAAACGAGGUGCUCAGCCUUUGAUAUGGAAAUCAUUUUUCAUUCUCAUGCAAAUAACACUUAUUUUCACAAGAAAGGUUGUACACCUAGCCUCAUUUUGAAAGUUAGGGGUCUUUGGAACUCGGAAGUGGCCUAUUUCUCAGAAGACUUUCAUGAUGGAAUAGAGAAGCAAUCGCCAUUAGAAUUAUAAGGCUACAAACACGUGAUAAUCUUUUAAUUAAUGGAGCCGAAGACAUGUUACCGGUAUUAAGCAUGAUAAAACUUGAUAUUGGUAAAACUUGCAAGGCAACAUGUUAGCUGCGCCGAGUAAGAUACACCCAUGACAUUGGCGGCCGGUUGCCAAGCGCGGGAAAAAGGGACAGAGCGUGCAUGUACUGCAAAGCGCCAUAACUCGCGCAUCUGGUACUCAGUGCAGGAUAAAAAAAAGCGCCAAAAGUAUGUUGUGGUAACACCCUAUUGGCGUCAAGACUGCAUUUCACCUCUCCAUUCAUUGUCAAUGAUAACAAAAGUUAACUCUAAGCUACGUGCGUCUUUAUGGUGAUAAGGAAAAGCUCUUCUUUUUUUUCCUUGCAGGGCACUCAACUAACUUUGUUGUCGCCGUGUAUCUACCGACUGACCUGUCGUCUGAUUUCUGGAUUGAGAAGGGAACUGCCCUGUUAUGUCAACUAAAUGAAUAGAAACACAUAUCAAUUCCUGAGCAUUAUAUCCUUGUAAAAACAAUAAUAACAUACAUUUUCCGUGUUUGCAGAUUAAUGUGUUAACUGCCAUACUAAAAAGUGUUCAAUUUGUGCUACAAACUAGCGCACGUUUGUCUCUAAGUUUCGUGUUUAAUAAGAUGUCAACCUUUUGCUUGUAACUCAAGCGCUUAGUUUAUGUAAAGCGUGGUUCUCUUUGUAGUUAAACCAUUCAUUGAACAUUUGUGUAGCAGCACUUUUUUUCCGUUAAGCCUGCUGUUAUUUGUUCAAUCUUGAAGUGAAAGAGGGUCGUAUUUGCAAUAAGCGUGAAGAAGGCAGUUUUAAU